UCAGUUUUUGUUUGUAUUUUUGCGAAGAUAAGUAUACGGAUAAUAUGACUGAAAUUACAUACUUUGUGAUUAUUUUGCCAGUUUAUGCUUGUUUAUAUUUGCAACUCGUAUUGUGAUCACGCACACAGAAGCUUAUGAACGUUUGUUUGAGUAGUUUUACAUUUUCGAUCAUAUUCGAGGUGGCAAUCACAUUAAAUGUGUAAUACUUAUCGCUUGAAUGAUAAGUUCGUGCUGCUAUUGAUUAAAAAAAUUGUUGUUUUAUAAGCCGAAAGAUGAAGAAUUUAACGUACGCCCUAUUUGUGUUUUGUAUACAAUUUAUUUAUUGCUAUGCCAUCAGCAAUAAUGGCAAUAAUACAUUAAUUUUCGCACACACGGUAAAAACAAGUUCCAUUAAAUAUCUAAAUAUUCAUAUUGGAUUGAAAAAACUUAAAAAAAAAAUCAUAGUUGUGCCGACAUGGUUAUCGAAAUUUACUUGCUCCAUAUCCAAAUGAUCCAUAUGCUGAUGAGAGUCAUUGGCAAGGUGGAAUUGGUGCUUUGACAAACUAUGGCAAACGACAGCACUUUAAGUUGGGAAAAUACUUACGUAAAAGAUAUCAAUGUUUGUUGGAAGAUGGAGUCUAUUCGCCAAACAAAGUCUACGUUCAAGCAACGGAUACCGAUCGUGCCAUAAUGAGUGCGGAAGCAUGCAUGGCGGGAAUGUUUCCACCGACUGCUAGUCAAAAAUGGAAGAAAACAUUAAAUUGGCAUCCCAUUCCGGUGCAUACAAUUCCACGCAGAGAAGACCAUCUGUUGGCUUCAGAAAAACGAUGCGAUCACUUUGACGAUGUGAUGCUUCAGUACAUGAACACAACGGCAUAUACCGACUUGUUUACAAAACAUAAAACGCUCAUUUCGUAUUUAGAGAGAAAUUCUGGAAUGAAAUUAUCAACAAUAACGGAAAUAUAUUUGCUUUACGAUGCACUGUGGGUAGAAAAGAUGGAAGGCAAACGUUUACCAGAUUGGGCUGAAAAUGUUAUGAAAUCGGGUGGGGAUUUUGAAUAUCUUGCCAUUUGUUAUUUUAAAAUCUACUCGGAGACAACGGAAAUGAAGAAAUUGAAAUCGGGAUUUUUAUUAAAAGAGAUUUUUGAUCGGUUUACAAGCAAAAUACAAUCAAAUUUAUCGCCAGAUCGUUCGCUCGUCAUGUAUUUUGCGCAUGACAUAACAAUCACAAAUAUGCUUAGCAGCCUUGGGUUAUAUAAGUUACAUCAACCAAAAUAUGCAUCAUGUAUGUUCUUUCAACUGUAUAGUUCCGAUGAAAUGCCUUAUGUAAAAAUAUUCUAUAGAAAAUCGGGUAAUGUAGUAAAUAUCAAGCCAUUGAAUAUUCCAAAUUGCGGUUCAAAAUGUCCGUUGGAAAAACUAUACGAAUUAUAUCAACACAUUUUACCAACACAACAAUUUGAUAAGGAAUGCGCUCUUCGUGAUGGUCACACUCUUCCACCAGGCGGCAACCCAGAGAAUGCACCAUAUUGAUAUAAAUUUUGGGAAAUUUAACGGGUUCUAAUAUACUAACAAAGGUAUUUGCGAUGUAUUUUAUAUUAAUUUCAAAGCGUUUCAUUUAAUAAGGCGUUAGCCGUGUUGGUAAAAUGUAUAAUGCAUUUGAAGAAAAUUUUAAAGAUUUAAAAUAAAAUGCACAGAAAGAAAAA